AUGUUUUUUAAUAAAUAUAGAAAAAAAUUUACAAACACCAAAAGGAGGUAUUGUGAUGUACAAAAUAUUGAUUAUAAAAAAUGUGGAAAACCAUUAGACAUUUUUGCAGACGAGGAUUCGUUAAAAAAUCUCAUAUUAAGAGAUUACUUUAAAAUAAUUUUAAAAAAUGUUUUUAUAAAUUUUCAGAAAAAAAAUUAUUUCUUUGAAGUAUUUAUCCAUGUGGACAUAUUAAAAUUAAUUGAUUCCAUGCAUUACGAGGGGUGUUAUAUAACGAAAAACUUCGUCUCGUUUAAUAACUUUUUUAAUGAAAUUUCAUACUCAUUGUUAUCCAAAUUUGAGCAACAAUUUAAGAAAGAACAACUGGGUGAUGAUAUGGUGGAUUACCUAAAUAUUAUUAUAAGCUGUAAAUUUCUCACUGUUACACUUAUUCCUAUUAAUACUCCAAUAAAAACUGAUUGUAUUCUGAAUUUAAUGAAUUUGAACCACCCAGGAUGUAAUUUUUAUCAAGUGAUUGAACUAAUUAAUGCAACAUUAAUGUGCAAGGACAAAAAGAGUUUUUUAUAUAGAAAGCUUUAUAUGAGAAUAUGUGAAUGCUCCAAAAAGUAUUUACCGCACCAAAAUAUAAUUAUAAGAAUAAAUAAAUUUGGGAAUAUGAAUGAAAACAAUGAAGAUAAGAAAAUGUGCAUGUUGUGCUUCACAAAGGAAUAUGAAGAAGUUGCCCAUAAAAGACAGUUCAAAAAUUUUUACGUUUUGAAAUUUUCUUUUAGCAAGACGAUAGAUGAGUAUAGCAGUAGAGACGAAUGCUCAACGUUUGAAGUCUUAUACCAAGAUGUCACCGAAAAGAACGAGACUUUUGAAAUUGGGAUGAAAUAUAAUUUGAUAGUUGUAUCUAUUCCUAAUCAACCAAAUAAGAACAGCAUUAAAGGGGAGCGAGUUGGAAAUAUUUGGCUACUAAAUUAUAGGAUGAAUAAAACGAGAAAAUUUGAAUGCAGUUCAUUGUCGUUGGUAGAAGACGAAAACAUGUCAUUAUCUACUGAGAAGUUUAAUUUUUUACUGCAAACUGAAAAUUUAGAAGCUAUUAAUAAAAUUAUAAGUGGUAUAUUAAAGCUCCCAUCCAAUAAUUCUUGUUUGAAUAAAAUUUGCAAAACCACAAAGCUAGCCCUUAUUUUGAUUAGUAUAUGUAGUAAUGUGUUAAAGUAUGCAAAGUUAGAUACAUUUGCUCAUGACUUAUAUAGCAAAUUGAAUGAGAACCAGUGGAUCAGUGGGAAUGUUACGCGACAUGCCUUAACGAGAAUAAGAGCGCCGCAUUGUUUCUUCUUAUGUCUAGAUGAAGUAAUAAUGAUGGAAUUAGUUAAGUUUUGCAGUUAUUUCUGCAAAAUAAAAAUACUACAUGUAAAAGCAGAUUCUUUUGACAUUUUAUAUACUCAAAAGUAUGAUGUACUAGUAAUCAAUAUAAACAAUUUGAACAGUUGUCAAAUUAACAUAUUAGUGGAAUUAAUGAAGAAUGGAGUGUACAAAUGUAAGAAGGUAUCCUUUCCUGUGUCGACAACCUUUUGGAUAUAUGCCGUGAAGUCUUACAUAAGAAACGAACAUGAAUUCAACACUUAUAUCAAGGGAAACCUGUUGGCACGGUUCGAUUUCUUAUUCGAACUAAGCUUUGAUGAAGAGGAUGAUAUAAUCGAUGAAAUACUAAGGAAAACUGAUGAAGUUGAAAAGGAAAAUUUUGAUUUUUACUUUGAACUGAAUAAAAACUAUUCUUAUUUAAAAAGAAGCCAUUUAACUUAUUUUGAAUUCAAGGGAAUGUGCAAUGUGGCGAAAUCUAUUAUCCAAAAAUAUUUUAGUAUGGCUGCGGACUUAUCUACUUUGACUGUACAUCACAUAGGAAUAUGUGAAUUGCUAUGCAUCAGUGCAUCUAUAUUGUUAAAGAAAAAGGAAUGUCUAAUUGAGCAUACUGUUUUGGGUCUCUUUUUAUAUGACAAAUUUGUGUCUUCCACAAAAAAUAAGCUAACACAAUUUAAUAAAAACAUUUUAAACAGUGUAAUGAAUUCUCAAGAUAAGAACAGUAAUUCUUUUCAGAAGCUAAUGACUUACUUUUCAUCAUAUAUAAAUGCAACGAUGAAUAUAUAG